AUGGAUUUAAAAAUUUUUACUAUUGUUUUAAUUUAUUUUGUUUCAAAAUCUCACGAAAAUAUUUUUUUUUCUGUUCCAAUUUAUCAACAUUUUAACAGUCGCUCAAGUAGAUAUGAAUAUCGAGGAAAAAUAUUUUAUAAUUUAAAAAAUUUAAUACGGAAAGUAUCACUAGACUUUCGAGAAGUACCAUUUAAAAGUAUAUUAUUAAAAAGAGAAUAUAUAACUUAUGAAGGCAUAGUAAAUGAUACUCGUAGAGAUCACAGAUAUCUUCAAGUUCAUAUAAAUGGUAAAUCUAAAUAUAUAAUUCUUCCACCUCAUCACGUUGUGGUAGAAUUUUACAUGCAUCGUGGAAAAAAUUAUUUUAUUUGUAAUAAAAGCCCCUUUAAUACAUAUACAAAAGCUAGAAUAUUUUGUGAAUAUUUAGAAAAAUUCAGUAAAUUUAAAUCACAACAUAUGCUUUUAGGAAAAAAUUCUCUUGCUUCUAGAAUUUGGAGAAACACUUGGAGAAAUUGUUAUUUUGAAUGCUUUUCACAAAAUCAUUUUGAAGAAUUAAAAAGAAGAAUUAUUAAGGAAAUAGAUAUGUUAAGAACUGCUUUUCAUCAUGUUCCAAUCAGAUACAAAAAAAAAUUAGAAUUUAUUGCGCAACAUCAUGCAUUAUUAAAUGCUAAAAAAAACAAACCUUUAAUACGUGAUGAUGAAAAAACUAAAAUACAUGAAGUUGCUGCUUUUAUUAGUCCAGUAAUUGCUAGUUUACAAAUUAAUAAAUGGUAUAAUUCAUAUUUAGAAGAGCAUGUUGAUAAAAAUAAAAAUAUGAAAAAGAGUAAAAAAGAAUCAAAUCAUUUUUAUUUAUUACUUUCUCCAGAUAUAAGUAAAGUUGGAGUUGGAGUUUAUUUAUUUAGAAAAACAUUAUCUAUUGUAUUAACAUUCAUUUAG